CGACACGAGAACCCGCUCCUCCCUCCUCUCUCUCUCUCUCUCUGCGCUGAAACGCCAUCAUCGCUUCUCCGCUUUAGGGCUUCCCCGAAUCGCCCUGCCGAGCUUCCACCCCUCCCCCAAAAACCCUGCGCUCGCUCUCCGAGGAACGACCUCCGGUCGCGCGCCGGUUCGACUCGCCCCGUUCCCUCCGUCGAUCGGCAUUCUCAGGCCCCGGCGGCGCCGCGAAUCCCGAGCUCCGCGAGCAAGCGCCGCGCGAAGCUCACACUCCUCGACCGAUGGCGAAGACCAAGCCGGGAAGGAAGGACCUCGACUCCUACACCAUCAAGGGCACCAACAAAGUCGUCCGAACCGGAGACUGCGUGCUCAUGCGCUCGCCGGAGGCCGGCAAGCCGCCGUACGUGGCGCGCGUGGAGAAGAUUGAGGCCGACCACCGCAACAACGUCAAGGUCCACGUCCGGUGGUACUACCGGCCGGAGGAGUCGAUCGGCGGGCGCAGGCAGUUCCACGGGGUGAAGGAACUGUUCCUGUCGGAUCACUUCGACGUGCAGAGCGCCCACACUAUCGAAGGGAAGUGCACGGUGCACACUUUCAAGAACUACACCAAGCUCGAGAAUGUUGGGGCGGAGGAUUACUUCUGCCGGUUCGAAUACAAGGCUGCCACUGGGGCUUUCACUCCGGACCGAGUAGCCGUGUAUUGCAAGUGCGAGAUGCCAUAUAACCCAGAUGAUCUCAUGGUACAAUGCGAAGGUUGCAAGGACUGGUUCCAUCCUUCUUGUAUGGGUAUGACAAUUGAAGAAGCAAAGAAGUUAGAAUACUUUUUAUGUACCGACUGUUCUGCCGAAGAUGAUGCGAAAAGAUCCAUAAAUCAGUUUCCUGUAUCACCUUCAACUGAGACAAAGGUGGAGACGAAGCGUCGGAAGAGGUGACUUGUAGACUAUGAUGCAGAGAGGGCUGGUGCUUAUUUUCCUGGUAUCAGCUCUGGUGUUGUUACCCUGUUCUUGAACUGUACAGCAAAAAACACUGUGAGCAUCCAUUAGGGAUAUUUAAUUUUUCUUUUUCUUUCUAUGGUAGACUAGAGUGAGUAGAGGACACUAUCUUUUGCGUUGCCACAUGCAUUCAAUCUGCUUGGAAAAAAGUGCAUGGCCCACGCUUCAGCACUACGAGCGAGGGAACUCAGACUAAACUCAUGCCAUACGUCGCUUUAUUGGGACAGACACAGUGAAAUCAUUCAGUCUUUUUUCCAUAGUUUUUGCAUGUGGUUGAAUUGAGUGACUGCCAGCGGAUUUUUCACUUCUUUUUCCUCAAAUUGUUGGUUUCGCUUGUGUUUUUGUUCAUCUCUUUGUAUCAUGUGCAAACGUGUUGAAUUUUUGGUGAAUACCAAGUUGCAGGCUCAUUCUUGUU